CUGUCUGUCUGUUUCUCUGGUCUUGGCACUCUCUCUCACUCUCUCUCUCUCUCUCUCUCUCUCUCUCUCUCUCUCUCUCUCUCUCUCAGUCAGUAUUUCUAUCUGUCUGUCUCUUUGGUCUUGGCAUUCUCUCUCUCUUUCUGUCUCGACCUGUGUUGCGGCUCAUAGUGAAGUGUGUGUAUUGUAUGUGCGCUGUCAUAAAGCAGCCUCCCUCUCUUCUCCUCCUUCUUUCUCAUUCUCUCUCACACACACGCAGCCGCUGCUCCUCAAGCUCCAUCUCUCCUUCACUUUGUGCUGCUGUCGGGCCGAACUCAUGGAGGACUAUCACAAACCAGACCAGCAGACGGUGCAGGCGCUCAGGAACAUCGCCAACCGCCUCCGAAUCAACUCCAUCAAAGCCACCACUGCUGUGGGGAACGGGCAUCCGACAUCAUGUUGCAGUGUGGCGGAGAUCAUGUCUGUGCUGUUCUUCCAUACUAUGAAGUACAGGCCGGAUGACCCCAAAAACCCCAAUAAUGACCGCUUCAUCCUGUCCAAGGGUCAUGCAGCUCCUGUGCUCUACUCAGUGUGGGUGGAGAUUGGCUUCCUGAAGGAGUCUGAGCUCAUGAGCAUGUGCCAGGUGGACUCCACUCUGGAGGGACACCCCACACCCAAGCAGCAGUUUGUGGAUGUGGCCACAGGCUCUCUGGGACAGGGGCUGGGCGUAGCCUGCGGAAUGGCAUAUACGGCUAAAUACUUUGACAAAUCUAGUUACCGUGUGCACUGUUUGCUGGGCGAUGGAGAGAUGUCUGAGGGCGCCGUGUGGGAAGCCAUGGCCUUCGCCUCCUACUACCAGUUGGAUAAUCUGAUGGCCAUCCUGGACAUCAACCGGCUAGGCCAGAGCGACCCAGCACCACUGCAGCACCAUGUGGAGAAGUACCAGAAACGCUGUGAGGCCUUCGGGUGGCAUGCUAUCAUUGUGGACGGCCACAGUGUGGAGGAGCUGUGUAAAGCCAUGAGCCAACCUCGCCACCAGCCCACCGCCAUCAUCGCCAAGACCAUCAAGGGCAAAGGCAUUCCUGUGGCAGAAGAUAAGAUGGGAUGGCAUGGCAAGGUGCUGUCAAAAGACAUGGCAGAGAAUGUCAUGAGAGACAUUCAGAGCCGCAUAAUGAACAGUAACAAGCGCAUGUACCCAGCCUCACCCAUCGAGGACGCUCCACCUGUGAGUCUGCGCAACGUCCGCAUGCCCAGCGCCCCCAACUACAAACCUGGAGAGAAGGUCGCUACAUGUAAGGGGUAUGGGAUGGCUGUGGCCAAACUGGGACGUUACAACGAACGAGUUGUGGCGAUGGAUGUCGACACCAAAAACUUCACCUUCUCUGAAAUCUUUAAAAAUGAGCAUCCCAACCGCUUCAUUGAGUGCUACAGCGCAGAGCAGAACAUGGUCAGUGUUGCCACAGGCUGUGCUGCACGUGAGAGAAACAUUGUGUUUGCCAGUGGCCUCGCCACAUUUUUCACCCGCGCCUAUGACCAGGUCCGCAUGGCUGCCAUCUCAGACAGCAACAUUAACCUCUGCGGCUCCCACUGCGGCCUGUCUGUCGGAGAGGACGGACCGGCUCACAUGGGGCUGGAGGACAUGGCUAUUUUUAGAGCCAUCCCCACUGCCACCAUUUUCUACCCCAGUGAUGCUGUGUCUGCUGAAAAGGCUGUGGAGCUCGCAGCCAACACAAAGGGUGUUUGCUACAUCCGCACCACUCGUCCAGAGACUGCAAUCAUUUACAACAGCAAUGAGGACUUCCAUGUUGGCCAAGCCAAGGUGGUGUGCCAGAGUAAAGAAGAUCAGGUUACAGUGAUCGCAGCAGGAAUGACCCUUCAUGAAGCUCUGGCUGCAGCCGAGCAACUCAAAAAAGAGAGGAUUUACAUCAGAGUGAUCGAUCCUUUCACAAUCAAACCCCUGGACAAUAAAACCAUUGUGGACCAUGUGCGUGCCACCAGGGGUCGUGUCAUCACGGUUGAGGAUCACUAUUAUGAAGGAGGCCUAGGGGAGGCAGUGUGCUCCGCUAUCGUCAAUGAGCCUGGCUUCACUUUCCAGCGUCUCGCAGUGGCUCAAGUUCCCCGCAGCGGCAAAAUGAACGACCUGCUAAAGAUCUACGGCAUUGACCGCGACUCCAUCACUCAGGUGGUGCGGAAGAUGCUCAGCUCCUCGGCCAACGCCAAGUGAUCCUGCUCGCUCUGCCCCGCCCACUCCAACCCCAACCAAUCAGAUAACACUGUGUCACAUGACUCCUGUUCUUCAGAUUGUGGCCCCUCCCUCCACCUCAUUCACUGUCAAUCACCCUAACGUGAGUAAAAUAGUAAUGUGAGAAACGUGCUGUACAUUUUGAAGUAAUGUUCACUUUUUGUUUUGGGUUUUCAUUACAAAUGCACUACAGGUUAAAUGUUUGGGGUAAGAUUUCUUUUUUUUAAAUAGAAAUUAAAGGGAUAGUUCAAGGUUCAAGGGAUAGUUCACCCAAAACUGAACCUCCACUUGUUUUGGGGCUUUCUUCUGUUGCACAUAUGUAUAUUGAAGAAUUUUGGAAACUGGUUUCUAUUGACUUCCUAUUUUAUUUCCUACUAUGGAUGUCAAUGGCUACAGGUUACAAAAUUUUUCAGAAUAUCUUUUUUUGUGCUUCUGUUUAAGAGAAACAGCAACAUAGGCUCAUUCUGAAAAUGUACCCCUAUAUACAUUUGUGGACAUCAUUUGUCCAGUGGCUUACAAUGUACGUCGGUAGACUUGAGACAAAGAGAGGAGUUGAUCACGAUGACGGUGUUCGAGUCCGGUGAAGAAAGAUUCCAGAAAGCCUGUAAAACAAAAACAAAAGCCAAAAUAAAAUAAACAAGUAAAUACCAGGGUGAGAAUGUGGUAAAAUCUGAAAACAUGGUAAACAUAAGGCAAGGGCUUUUCUUUUUUUGGAUUGCUUUUUAAAACUGUCGGUUGGGUUUGGGCUAAGUGGGUGGGCAGGUCAAUCAGUGCUUUCGAAAACAUUAUUGGUUGGGUUUUAGGGAAGGAGGAGGGUGGGUCAGUCGAUUAGUCAGUCAGUCGGUCAUUCAAUAAGUGAGUCGACAGCGGCCUCUGGUGAAUUUACAUGAGAAGAGCAGGCACGAAUAGCUUUUGCGAGAGAAAUCUGAGAUCUCAAGAAGCAUGAACAGCGGCCUCUAGUGGAUUCGCGAAAACAAAAACUGCCAAAAAACAUACCUCCUGGGAUGUAUUUGGCGCACUUCAGAAAUGUAUAUAGGGGUACGUAUUCAGAAUGAGCUUGGGUUGGAAAAAGGGUCCCACUUUAUAUUAAGUGUCCUUAACUACUAUGUACUUGCAUCAAAAAACAAAUACAAUGUACUUACUGUGUUUAUAAUGUAUUUGAGAACACUUGUGGUGCACUUAUGGGUAUGGUUAUGGACAGUUGUGGUGGUAUGGGUAGGUUUACGGGCAGGUUAAGGUGUAAGGGAUGAUCAACAGUGUAUUUACAAAUGUAAUUACAGAAAUUAAUUACAGAUGUAGUUACAUACAGGUAUUUAAUCAAGCAUAAGUAUGAUGUAAAAACAUGUAUUUACACAAUAAGUACAUUGUAAUAAAUCAUUAAUUUCGGUGUAAGUACAUAUUAGAUAAAGCCACUUAAUAUAAAGUGGGACCAAAAAAAAAGAGAUUUAUAAAGGUUUGGAUCUACUUGAGUUUGAGUAAAUGGUUAAUUUUGUUUUUGUUGUGAAUUAUUCCUUUAAUCAUUUGAAUUAAUAUAGAUGCAUUCAAUUUAUCAAAAAGUAUGUUUAUAUGUUACAAAAGAUUGCUAUUUCAAAUAAAAAAUAGCAACGCAGCUGUUUUUAACAUUGAUAAUACAAAAUGUCAUAGCAACAAAUUAGCAAAAUAAAGUGGGAUCGCUUGACUGAAUACUGCAGUAAAUUCAGCUUUAAAAUAAUUACAUGUUAAGAUCUAUUCAAAUAGAAAAAUUGUGUUCAUUUUUCAACAUUUUUACUUUUUUAUCAAAGAAAUCCUUUUUUUUUUUUUUUUUCAAAAACACUAACAAAUCUUACCAAACCUCAAGCCUGUGAAUGCUAGUGUUAAUGCAAAUACACACACAGGAGUCUUUUACAAGCUCUUCUGCUGUAAUAACAGUUUAAAAUCUACAUGAAAUCACAUUUACAAUAAUUUCUACUUGCAUAAAACAAUGUAUUUCAAACAAAACAUGUUUGUAAACAAACUGAACACUGCAA